GGGAGGCAAUGCCAAGGCUUCUUUCCACUGAAGCACCAGUGAAGUGAGAAACAAAGGUGUGAUAAUGGAGACUACUUCAAAAGUACUUUUGGUCUCUGCAAUUCUUCUGCUUGCCCUUGCUUCUGCAGCUGAAGGUGGCAGGAAACUCAAGGAUGAAGCUGAGCAUCCCCAGAACUUCAUCGGUGGGAUUGUUACCGGGACGUUCUUCCCCAGUCCUGCUGGUGGUUUAGGCUUUAGACCUGGGCCGUCUGUCUUCUGCUCCUUCCCCGGGAAUGGCUGCGUUGUUGGCCCUACUUUCCCUGGGGGAUCAACUGGCUCUACGCCCUUCACUCCCCUGACUCCACCAUGACAGGAUGGCCUGAUCAGCCUCACUUCCCUGACUCAGCUGAGAACCAUCUGGGUUUCAAGUUCUUGAAGAAGUUUCCACUUUCCAGGGCUUCUUUUGCUUUUUAUAGUGUGGGCUUUGUCUUCUAGUGACUAUAUAUAGCUAGGACCCUGUUGUGCUGUACUUGUAUUAUGUUGUGCUGUACUUGUAUUAUGUUGUGUCAUGUUUUUCUGGUAAAUCGAUUCUGAAUUUUCACUAUGUAUCUUGUGCUAGUUUGUUGUCUCUUGUCUUGCUUGGUUUGAUAUAUGAAUCUAUGAUGUUGUGUUUCACAUGCUCCCUUAGAACACACUGCAUUUUGCA